AAUGAUCACAAAAAGAAGAGAUCGGAUGAGUUUAUCUUAUCGUAAACUAAUUAUAUAUAUUGCCUAUGUUAGGAAACAUUCUCCUGUUUAGUUUUAAAUGAGGAAAAGUCUCUGGUGCUUCAUGUUUUCCGCUUGCUAUUGUUAACUAUGGAGAUUAAGAUGACAGCUAUGCUUGCCAUGACUCAACACUGCCACAGAAAGUUGCCUAUCAUAAUGCAUAGGGUGAGUGGUCAGGUUUCCAGCGAAGAGACCAAGAGGCAAGCUAUUCCAGUUAUAACAGCUAGGCGGAUGAAUGAAAGAAUGUACAUUAUUGUUGAUAUUUUCUUGUUUGAGCUUACAAUUUCCUCUAAAACUAACAAAAAGUUUAAUCAAUUCGAAUCCUGUGAACACUUGUUAUGA